AUGCCGACCCCUUCUCGCGCCCACGGGUAUCGAUCCCCCGGCACAAAGUUGCGAUCAUCCAAAGGGAUCCCUCCCUCCACCCACGAUGUGGUCGCCGUCCUGGAUCUCGCUGUCCCUGCGCCCCGUCGUGACCACACAGACUCCAGUGACGACUUGGCUGCGGUGACACCGCCGAGCAGUCCACCUCCUGCUCUUCACCAUCAGCCAUCGGAUCGUGCUGCCAAAAAUAAACGGCUCUCUGCACAAUCUUCAACUUCCUCCCACUCUAGCAACUCUGUCAGUCAUGCUGUACACGAGCAACUGUCCGAACGGGACAGCAUCUUCGCUGAGCACUACAUGUCCAGCACCAGUCCCGUGACCUCGCCCAAGCUCCAGCCGAAAGAAGAAGGCACGGUGAAGGACGAAGCGAUGGAGGUCUACACCAGGCCGUUAAGCUCGAGUGCUUCGUCGAUGGCCUCGAGGAAGGACACGCCAUCAUAUGUGCUGGGACUGCAGGCUCAGACCAUGGUAGACGACUCGGUCCGCCGCCGGCCAAGCCGAGCAAGUCUUCCUCUGCAGUGGCAUCGACGGUCACUGUACGACCUUCACGAACUAGGAGCGCUGCCACUAGCAGCAUACAUACCGGAAGCGAACGAGCAAAAUUCACCACCAAGCGCGGGCAUUAAAACAACGAGUGAGUCACCAGCGACUCCGGUCGCCAACACUAAAACCAGAGUUAGCCCAGAGGAGUUUGAGCGUAGUGCAGAACGAGAACAGUACCGAUCGUGGAGACAAGGGAAGGCGAAGAUGAGCGGUAUGACGAUUGCACAGUCUCAACGGCGACAGAGCCGUGCAGAGAUUGGUGUCGAUCGGGUAGUGGAUGCACGUAUGCCGCCUGUUGAAACUCCACCAGCAAACCUUCGAAGCCGGAAGGGCAGUCACUACCUCGGACUCUUUAGAGAGAAUGAAGCGGAAGAAAAGAGACAGUCAGACAAGCAGAGAGCAAAGCACAUUGGUCGCUCUGCUAGCGAGGCUGCUUCGAAGCUGUCUGAAAGUCGUCAGGUCAGCAGUAGCAACAUACCAACACUACAAGAAGAGAAUGAAGGACAGGAGCUUGACCAACGGGCAGCUGUGACGAGUGACAAUGAGCACAAAGACUUGCCGCUUAGUCUACUCGAGGAGAUCCGAAAUCACCAUCAACUUGCGCCUGGCAGCGCUAAGAAGGUAGCAUAUUCAGACGAGACGCCGGGGUAUUUGAAUCAGGAAAAGUCACGACUGGCGUUGCAGACCGAAGGCAGCCCAGAAGACGGUGAGCAUGGCCUCGAGCACAUCUCAUCUGCGGUCUAUAUUCCACAUCAAGGACUCAAGCUGGAAGAUUCUCCCACCGAAGCACAAAUCGCACAGCAUCGACAGGAGCAAGCACAUCAAGCGACCAGUAAGCAAGGAGAUCUCAACGAUCACGUAGAGUUCUCCUUAACCUCCGGUAACGGUGACACCAGCGAUCAACUCCAAGGCGACUUCCCAAUGCGCAAGGAGCCCAUGACUGAAGAUCUCACGUUGCCACCGUCUGCUAUUCCUCCAGGUGUUCCGUCCGACACCGAAUACGACUCUGAUGCUUACGCCUCCGGAUUCGAGACAGCGGCAUCAGAAGACGAUGACGAGGAGACUACACCGACCGCGACUCCGACAACGAAGCUGUUCAGGCAGGCUAUGGAGUCGCCGCCGAAACGCAAACGCACACCACCAGCACCAGUCGGUGCAGUCGAGCUAAAGCCUUACAAGCAUCAAGUGGGCGGGCACACCAGGAUCUACCGCUUUUCGCGUCGUGCCGUUUGCAAACAGCUAAAUAGCAAAGAAAACAAAUUCUACGAGACUGUCGAGAAGUGGCAUCCUGAGCUUCUUGGCUUCAUGCCUAGGUAUAUUGGUGUGCUCAAUGUAACAUACCGCAAAGACGGCAAGAAACCAAAGGCUUCCUCUGACACGGAAGCGAAGACUUCUGCGGACAACGUGGAUGGUGCAGCUAGUAAGACAGCUUCGAGUGGUCAAAGCAGAGAUGAUGCGCCGCAACAGAGGAUGAUCAGCCACUCGCAGCAAGCACAGGCUCCUACCGCCAUACCACAGGUCAUACUGGAGAACAAUCGCCACCUCAUACCCGAGAAUCUGUUCCAGCUACCGCCUAGAUCGACCACUCCAGACUUCCACCGCAUCAAAUCGUCGCCACCUGCUCGAGCUGGUGGGCAGAGCGACGACGAGACUUCAACCACAAAUGCCAGGCGACCUUCGCUCAAACCACACUCGAGCUGGGGCUUCACCUCUGUAAAUAGCAAACUCAGAGACCAUGUCCUACGAGAAGUCUUCGCCCCGCCCGUCAUCCACCGACAUGAUCGGAGAGAUCGUGCGCAGCAUACACGAUCCCUUCGCAGGCUGCCGAAGUCCGUCCAAGAAGAUCUGGCGCCUGCGGAAGGUCAAUUGAGCGCUGAUACUGCGGAGCUGCCGGAUCUUGGUGCGAACGGUGAGAAUGCUCGCAGGCAGGCGAUCAAGAAUCUUAUGGAGCGAAAGCGGCUUGAUAGCAGUGAUCGGGCUGCUACGGAUCUGAGUCGUCUGCUCAGUGCGGGUGAGACAGAUGCAGCUGCGGGUGUCGGGUUGAGCAGAAGCGCAGAGGCGAAUGAUGUGGAUGGUGGGGGACCUACACGACGACACAGGCGAAGACAUUCGGGUGGCGGACUCACGCGCAAACCUACUGGCAUUGUGGGCAAUCGUGGCGACCUUGAGUAUCACGAGGAUGAGGCGUAUGGUGCUGAUGGCGAAGAGGAUGUCUUUGCGAUGGAGGAUGUUAAAGCACAGCUGCCCGGUGACAGGCUAGCUGCUGCCAAGGAAGCGGUGCGUGAUGCGACGUCGUCUGAACUUAGCAGGUCAGAUACUAUCACGAUCGAGAGGGAUAGAGCACCGAAGCUUGAUCCGGCAAUCCAGCUGUCUGGCGAUUUGGAGCCUCGCAAUCCCGAGACAUCUCUACUCAAGCAGGACGAGCGCGUAGAGCACUUCUUGCUACUUGAGGAUCUGACCGCAGGCAUGCAGAAGCCGUGCGUACUCGAUCUGAAGAUGGGCACGAGGCAGUAUGGGGUGGAAGCGAAUGAAAAGAAACAAGCGUCGCAGCGCCGGAAAUGCAAGACCACGACUUCGCGUGAGCUUGGCGUGCGUGUUUGUGGCAUGCAGGUCUACAACGUCAAGGAGCAAUCCUACACAUUUGAAGACAAGUACUUCGGCCGUGAUAUCAAGGCCGGUGCCGAAUUCCGCGAAGCUUUGAAGCGCUUCUUCUUCGAUGGCAUCGGACAUGCGUCAGCACUCAAGCACAUCCCGAUGCUGCUCGAGAAGAUCGCCGCGCUCGAUAGGAUCAUGCGUGGAUUACCCAAGUACCGCUUAUACGCCAGCAGCCUCCUCCUCAUCUACGACCGUGGCGACGCCGACGAAUUCGGCAAGUCCCGCCCCGCAAGCCGUACAAACGACGACCGCAAUCGUGAUGGCAAGGACGAACCCCCCAAACAGCGCUACCCAGACAUCAAACUCAAGAUCGUCGAUUUCGCCAACUGCGUCACCGCGGAGGAUAUGCCGCGCAUCCAGCAAUGCAAACCCUGUCCCCCUGCACAUGGAGAGGAUGUGGAUCGGGGGUAUUUGAGGGGUCUGAGGACGCUGAGGAUGUAUUUUCAGCGGAUCUGGGAGGAGGUGCAUAGUCAGAAGUUUGUGGAGAGGGGGGAGGGGGAGGGGAUGGCGGUUUUGGAGAGGGGGUUUAGUGGGGCGACGACUUUGAAGGGGUGGGUGGAUAGUUCGGUUGAUGAUCCGGGGUAUGUGAGUACGUGA